AUGAAUAUCUCUCCAAGUCCAAGCAACAGCUUGAACCAGCAAGAUAUCGGCGUCAAACAUGCCGAUAAACGGAUCCUGGCUGUACUUUGGGACACCUUUGACAAGUCACCAGAGGAGAGAAAGCUCAUUGGAAAACUUGACUGGUGGAUCUUGAGUUACUGCUGCAUUGCGUAUUUCGUCAAGUACCUUGAUCAAACCAAUGUCAGCAAUGCCUACGUCUCAGGCAUGAAAGAAGAUCUCAAUAUGACAGGAAACGACCUGAAUUACCUCAGCACCUUCUGGACAGUCGGUUACAUCAUCGGUCAACUCCCCUCCCAAAUCAUCAUCACCAAAGUCCGUCCUUCCAUUUGGCUUCCCACCGCCGAGCUCAUCUGGAGUUUCAUAGUCAUUGGCAUGGCGGGUGCCAAAAACGUCAAGACACUCUGUGGAUUGCGUUUCAUCGUCGGCAUGCUUGAAGCCUCGGCUUAUCCUGGUAUUAUGACUUUGCUUGGGAGUUGGUAUACGCCGAUGGAGCUGGGGAAGAGGGCUUGUAUCUUUCAGGCUUCUUCUAGUGCUGCUCAGAUGUUUUCGGGAUAUCUUCAAGCGGCUCUUUACUCGGGUAUGGAUGGAAGAAGUGGACUUCGGGCUUGGCAGUGGCUUUUUGUCUUUGAUGGCAUCAUCGGCAUUCCCAUCUGCCUCUACGGUUACUGGGCCAUCCCCGACUCUCCAAACUCAUCCAAGGCCAGAUGGCUCAAGCCCGAAGACCUCCAGAUGGCCAACGAUCGCAUGCUCAAGCAGGGUCGAGCCCCGAUGAAGAAGCUCACCUGGGGGAUCAUUCGCCGAGUUAUGUCAACCUGGCACGUAUACCUCUUCUGUGCCAUCUUUAUCGCCCACGUUCUUGGUAUCAAGAUCUACUCGUACUUUAACCUUUGGUUGAAGGCUACUGGCCGCUGGAGCACUGAGGAGGUCAACAUUAUUCCCAGUGCUGGAUAUGGACUUCAGAUUGCUUGCACUCUUACCUACGCUUGGACCUCAGAUGCCAUUGGACUUCGAUGGCCUCUCGUCAUCGCCGCCUGUCUUGUCUCCAUCAUCGGCACAAUCAUCCUCUCUGUAUGGCCCGAGGACAACCUCGCCGCCAUGAUGACAGGAUGGCUACUCACCUUCUGUGAGACUGGUGCUGGUGCACUCAUCAUCACCUGGAUCAACGAGGUGCUGUCAUAUUCUGCGGAACACCGUGCCCUCGUCAUUGGCGUGGUUGAAACUGCAGCCUUCACGUUCCAAGCCUGGGUGCCGCUGUUGAUUUAUGACACGGGAGAUGCGCCUCACUUCCCUAUUGGUUACGAGAUGGCGACAAUGUUCUUUGCUAUCGAGAUUGUCUUGACAUUGGUCAUCCUUUAUCUGUCCAAGAAGUAUCCGAUAACUCAUUAG